UUCAUGAAAAAUGUGUUCAGAAGAAAGAAGCAGAAAAACUGCUGGCAAAAAGAAGAUGAAGAGAUUGGGAGGAACACCAAUGAGAUGGAUUUUGGCUUUCAUCUUUACAUUCAUAUUUUUCUUCCUCUUCAAGUUUUGGUUGUACGAGCUAUGGAUGAACGAAUCAUUUGCAGACAGAAGUAUCUUCCACCCAGACAAAACCAAAGAAACCACCACAAUCUGGAAAAAUACAACCAAGGCCAAAGAAAUCAUAGACUAUUACUGCAAAUCACCCCAAAUAUCCUCAUUUUCUCCCGAAUCUACCCAUCCCAAUCAUCAUCAUUUCCCUGAUAAUUGCUCAGAAAGUUGCCCUCUGUAUUUUAACUUCAUUCACCAAGACCUGGAGCCAUGGAAGAAGUCUGGAAUAACAUUGAAAGUUGUUGAGAAGGCUCGAAAGAAGGCAUCAUUCAGGGUUAUGGUUGUUAAUGGAAGUUUGUUUGUUGAGAGAUUUCGUCACGGUUUUCAGACGAGGGAUUUGUUUACCAUCUGGGGAAUUGCUCAGUUAUUGAGAAUGUAUCCAGGAAUUGUGCCUGAUUUGGACUUGAUGUUUAAUUGCCAAGAUUCGACUACUGUGUACAAGGGUUUGUAUAAGAAUACCCAGCCGCCGCCCUUAUUUCGUUACUGUGGGAGCGAAGAUGCAUAUGACAUUGCUUUUCCAGAUUGGUCCUUCUGGGGAUGGGUGGAGUUGCAGAUACCACCAUGGAACAGAUCGGUGCAGGACAUCCAUAAUGGAAAUCAUCAGGUCAACUGGCCGGAUAGAGAUCCAACUGCCUAUUGGAAAGGCAAUCCCUUCCUUUCUCCUAAGAGACAGGAACUUAUGAAGUGCAGCGAGAUCCCCAAUUGGAAUGGCAGGCUUUAUAUACAGGACUGGUUUAAAGAGUCUAAUGAUGGUUUCAAAGACUCCAGACUUCCCAACCAGUGUACUCACAGAUACAAGAUAUAUGUAGAAGGCAUAGCAUGGUCAGUGAGUCUCAAGUAUAUUCUGGCAUGUAACUCUCCAACUCUCCUGAUAACACCAGAAUUCUAUGAUUUUUUCCUGCGAGGCCUUAUUCCUAAGCACCAUUACUGGCCCAUAAGACCAGAUAAGAAGUGUGAAUCCAUCGAGUUUGCUGUCAAUUGGGGAAACAACCACACAGAAGAGGCCAUGGCAAUUGGUGAGGCAGGGAGUCACUUCAUAUUGAAUGACUUAACAAUGAAACAUGUUUACGAUUAUAUGUUCCAUGUUCUAACAGAGUAUGCCAAGCUAUUGAAAUAUAAACCUACUGUCACCAAACGGGCACUGAAGUAUUGUUCAGAGAGUAUGUUAUACUUUGCAAAUGAUGCAGAAAAAGUGUAUAUGAAGGAGUCAAUGGUCACAAGUUCAAGUCCUUUGCCCCCAUGCAAGUUAGGCGAAAUCAAAUUGGAUUAAAAAACUAUAGGAGAUUCAGAUCGAAACAAGGUAAGAAUCAAUGUAAAAAUGAAGAAAAAAAAAUAUUACAAAGUUUCUAUAGUCACUCGAGAGACUAAUGUCAAAUGAAUAAAUCUUGUAAUGCUUAUCAAUGCUUUGGUAUUUUUGCAAGACCAUCACAACUACAAUCUACCUACCAAAUUUGAUAAGGAUUUCAGUUUUGAUCUUCUGGCUCAUUGCCCAUAUUAAGCAUUUUGUAAACAUCAAAGGAGACCAAGUUCAAUUGGUGAAAUUCUUAAAAUUUAAGAAUUUGUGAGAAAUUGUUAG